GUCUUCUCUCUCCCCCGUCCUUCGCCCACAGAGCAACAGACAGUGGUGCUGCUCCCCAGAUCCCCCUCUGCCUCUAAAACCUACUUCCCCAUCCCGGUCGACUGUCUGGAGGAGGAGACCAGGAUACGAUCCGCUGACGACGGCAAACUCUUCAGAGAGGAGUUCAAUUCGUUGCCGUCUGGAUAUACCCAGGGGACAUGCCAGGAGGCCAACAAAGAAGACAACAGAGAAAAGAACAGAUAUCCCAACAUCCUUCCAUAUGAUCAUUCCAGGGUGGUGUUAACCCAGCUCGAUGGAAACCUCUGUUCAGACUACGUCAACGCUUCAUACAUCCAUGGCUACACGGACAAUAACAAAUUUAUUGCAGCACAAGGUCCUAAACAAGACACGGUAGCAGACUUCUGGAGGAUGAUAUGGGAACAGAAGACGGCAACUAUUGUCAUGCUGACCAACCUGAAAGAGAGGAAAGAGGACAAGUGUUACCAGUACUGGCCAGACCAAGGCUGUUGGACCUAUGGUAAUGUCCGGGUGGCUGUGGAAGACUUUACUGUGUUGGUGGACUACACCAUACGGAAGUUCUGCAUACAAUAUCAGGCCAGUGACGGCAACAAGCCCUCCAGGCUGGUCACUCAGCUACACUUCACCAGCUGGCCUGAUUUUGGGGUGCCCUUUUCCCCUAUCGGCAUGCUCAAGUUCCUCAAGAAAGUCAAGACCGUCAACUCCUCCUUCGCUGGUCCCAUCGUGGUUCACUGCAGUGCUGGUGUGGGAAGGACAGGGACCUUCAUUGUGAUUGACGGCGUGAUUGACAUGAUGCACCAAGAGCAGAAGAUUGACGUCUUUGGUUUUGUGUCCAAGAUACGAGACCAGCGCUCACAGCUUGUACAGACAGACAUUCAGUACUCGUUCAUCUACCAGGCCCUGUUGGAGUACUACCUCUACGGAGACACAGAACUGGACGUGUCCUCUCUGGAAGGACACCUGCACAAACUCCACAACACCCACGCCCCCUUCGACAGGGUCGGCCUGGAGGAAGAGUUCAGAAAACUGACCAACAUGCGAAUAAUGAAGGAGAACAUGAGGAUGGGAAAUCUCCCUGCCAACAUGAAGAAGAACAGAGUGCUCCAGAUCAUUCCGUAUGACUUCAACAGAGUGAUUAUGUCCAUGAGAAGAGGCCAAGAGUUUACUGACUACAUCAAUGCGUCUUUUAUAGAUGGCUACAGGCAGAAGGACUACUUCAUAGCGACCCAGGGUCCUUUGUCUCACACGGUAGAGGACUACUGGAGGAUGGCCUGGGAGUGGAAGUGUCACUCCAUCGUCAUGCUGACUGAACUACAGGAGAGGGAGCAGGACAAGUGUUUCCAGUACUGGCCCACAGAGGACUCAGUGACCUACGGAGACUACACUGUAGAGAUGAAGGGAGACACUGUGUGUGAUACCUUCAGUGUACGGGAUCUGGUACUCACCUACGGCCCAGAUAAGCAGACACGUCUGGUCCGCCACUUCCACUUUCACGGCUGGCCAGAGAUCGGGAUCCCAGCCGAAGGGAAAGGAAUGAUCGACAUCAUCGCCUCGGUGCAGAGACAGCAACAGCAGUCAGGAAACCAUCCCAUCAUCGUACACUGCAGUGCUGGUGCAGGGCGAACAGGUACGUUCAUUGCACUGAGCAAUAUCCUGGAGCGGGUCAAGGCCGAGGGCCUACUGGACGUCUUCCAGACUGUGAAGAGUUUACGGAUGCAGAGGCCACAUAUGGUCCAGACUGUGGAACAAUACGACUUCUGCUACCGGGUGGUACAAGACUUCGUGGACAUUUUCUCAGACUAUGCCAAUUUUAAAUGAUGAAAUAUUUGCCUUACAAACAUAUGUUUAGUUCAAAUGUUGUUUUUGAAAUACCAGUUGGUCAGGCUUUGUGUUAUGUCCAUAGAAGGAUUAAAUGUUUUUCUAUUUUGCUAUGCACUUGUCCUUACUGUAACUAAAAUUCCAUCCCUCGCUGUAAUAUACUGUAUGUCAAUGGACGGACAUUUGUAAAUGCCAAAAUGUAAGAUUAAUAAUGUAUAUUUCACAUCAUGUAUAAUAAUUAUUUUGUAAUGAAAUUCAAGUGUUUUUUUUUUUUAACCUUGAGUCUCUUUAUUGACAUAUUUUAGUUGUUGUAUGAUACUGUACUUUUGUUAAAAAUCUGGUUUAUUCAGACUAAGUGUUUACUUUGACCAUACUUGUAAUAGUUCCUUUGAAAGUGGCGCUGUUGUAAAUGUUUUAUGUAUCGUUGCAGACCUUCCAUUUAUUGCAUUCUAAGAACCUUAUGUGAAUACUAUUAGGAUUAUUCUGACAUGUAUUUGAUGCCUUCUAUCUGUGACUAGAGGUGAUGUCUCCUCUAUCUUUUAUUUCAUUGGAAAUAACCCUUUUAAAAAAUAUAUAUUAAGGUCUUUACAAUGCAAGUAUGUUGAGGCACAAUAUCAAGAACUCAAAAAAAUAUGCAAAGUAUUGAAUAUCAAGUUACGCCAUUAUCAUUAUUAUUGACAAGGAUAACAGUUUAAAACAACAUAUUAAGGAAUUGUAAGAAUUAGUUUCCAUUAACCUGAUGGACGUAGUAGCCUACUUCAGUCCAGAAAAUCAAUAUGCAACUACACAUAUAUAAUAACAAGGUACCAGUAGUAGUACUAGUCAGUAGUACUAGUCAGUAGUACUAAUCAGUAGCACUAAUCAAAUCAGUAGUACUAAUCAGCAGUACUAAUCGGUAGUACUAAUCAGUAGUGCUAAUCGGUAGUACUAAUCAAAUCAGUAGUACUAAUCAGUGGUACUAAUCAAAUCAGUAGUGCUAAUCAGUAGUACUAAUCAGUAGUGCUAAUCAAAUCAGUAGUACUAAUCAGUAGUGCUAAUCAAAUCAGCAGUGCUAAUCAGUAGUACUAAUCAAAUCAGUAGUACUAAUCAGUAGUGCUAAUCAAAUCAGCAGUGCUAAUCAGUAGUACUAAUCAAAUCAGUAGUGCUAAUCAGUAGUACUAGUCCGUAGUGCUAAUCAGUAGUGCUAAUCAGUAGUACUAAUCAAAUCAGUAGUACUAAUCAGCAGUACUAAUCAAAUCAGUAGUACUAAUCAGUAGUACUAAUCAAAUCAGUAGUACUAAUCAGCAGUACUAAUCAAAUCAGUAGUACUAAUCAGUAGUACUAAUCAGUAGUACAAAUACAACCAUACUGCAGUUUUUUAUAGCUAAAGCCACUGCACAUAUUCUGAAGCACAUGUACAUUACCAAGCAUACCACCAAGGAAUAUCACAGAUACAUUAAUGUCAAAUAUGCUACAUCUGAAAAGUUACAGUCAACAUUUGUAUAUUCAUGUGUAUUUGCUUUAAUAGCAGUGGGAUCCAUGUUUAAAUGUAUGCAGUCCUGAACUGCCCGUAUCUUCUAGAAGUGACGUGUAUUAUUUGACCUAAUAGGAAGGUGUCUGCUGAUGCAGUGGCCAAAAUGACUAGAGGAAUACAAACACAAGUCGUUCUGAUACGACGCAACAGUCAGUGUGACCUGUAAAAUUAAACGAUUUUAACGUAAGUGCAUCGAAAUGACCUCGACACAAUAUAAAUAAAUUAAAAUUAAAAAAGCACAAAAGAUGGGCAUAUUUCAUUUAAAAUAACGAUCCUCAAUCUGUUAAUAAUAUAUCCAUGCAAAAUGCCAUACCCUUUGUAUUUAGACCUCAGUGCCGUUUAUAGUAUACUGGCUACCACCAAUCUCAUGAAAACACACAUAUCCUCAUUAUGGCAUUACACCAUUUGCAUUGUUGUGAAAGACUAGGUCAGGGGUGCCCCGACCAAAACAUUACCUCAUAAACUCCAGCGGUGCUUCAAAGCCAGGUUUAUAAGGGCGCCCUUGUAUAGGAAUCUGAGAUAAGUCCAGCCGAAUGACAAGGGCCCAGAAGCCCUCUAUACACCCCUCUAUUUCUUUAUGACAUGUUGAUACAACGGGAGGAGGAACUAACCAUAUCAGAUACACAAUGAACAAGGAGGUUUAAUAGUUGGGAAUAUGGAAUUGUUGGAUGCUUUGUCAGAUGUGAGUUGUUGUGCUGGAGGAAUGACUUAACUUAACCUCAUCUCUGUCUCCGUCUCUCUCUCUCUCUCUGUCUCUCUGUCUGUCUCUCUCUUUCUCUGUCUCUCUGUCUCUCUCUCUCUCUCUCUCUCUGUCUCUCUUU